AUGGAACCUACUGAGGAGAGACAAAUCCAGAAAAAUCUGAUGGUUGGAGGUGAUAUGGAGAUUGACCAGGAUGUUGUACCUAACAACAUUAUUCGUGGACUGUCUCAAAUGGGGUUAUCAGAUACCCAUGACCUUGUUGUUAGUAUGAGUUCAGGUACUCCUGCGAUGCCUCGUACAGGAAACAUGGACGGUCGCGACAAAGGGCGUGGUUACAACAAGAAAUCGGGUCGUGGGAGCUUCGCCUCUUCGGGACGUGGCAGAGGUGUUGUUCCCAUGGGGAGUGACGGGAAGCAGACUGAUUCAGGACAGCAAGUAGCACCAACCCCUGCUGCUUCGACCUCGAAAGACGCAAAGGUGGUAACAGAUGACCACCAAGAUGCUACAGACUCGAUUCUUGCAAAUGCACCCCAAGUGAGCUCCAAAGCUUUCAGGAUGGUGGCUCCGGAUCCAGAGGAUGAGUUUUGA